AUGGUCUCCAUCCAACCAGCUUCCAGCGAAGGGCAUGCACCCCAGGGUGAACCUCUUGAUCUACAGCCCCCACAAGCAAAUCUCCCCGCAGUCCAGAUUGGGUCGCCCCUACAGGUGGCUGCUCCCGCUCAGGAAGAGGACGAAGUAAUUGUCAACCUCGUGGAAGACUUUAUCCGGCGUGAAAGUAGCAUCAUGCAAGGUCCUCUCGGUGCUCAUCUAAAGCGUUCGCUAGUCCAGAAGGUGCUCAAGCAGCGAGCUGUUUCUCAAUUUGUCCGCAUAGUGCCCUUGGCAGAACGAACCCGUGUUUCACACAGGAUUUUCAACCGCAGCGAUGCAUUGACCUUCUUCAGCCUUACUGCCCGAUACGAUCGUAACUGGACUAUCUCCUUCUUGAUUCAGGCGUUCACUCUUAUCUCAACAACUGCGCAGGCGAUCCUGAGAAAGGACAGCAUUGAUAGAUCUAUUGAUAGCUGGAAAGCGAAGGAUACUGCAUUUGGUGCUGCCGCUGGAGCACUCGGUGGGGCUGCUUCCUUGUUGGCAGGAGAAGCGCUUGCAUUUGCAGGCUUCACUGUGACCGGUGUGGCAUCAGGUAGUAUGGCCGCGCUAUGGCAAAGCGCAAUUGGUAACGUCGCUGCCAAUAGCCUUUUUGCGACCUGCCAGAGUCUUGGUGCGACAGCUGCACUCAGCGGGCCCCUCGCAUGGGGUGCGUGUGGCGGGGCGGUUCUAGGAUAUGUAACGUACAAAGCCGUGACAGCCCCAACAUCCGAUCAAGUCUUAGAGAAGCUUCUCGACGAUGUCUACAAUGAUGAGAAGAAACGAGAAAUGUUCUGGAACAGGAUUAAUGUUUGA